CACAAGGGAUUGUACUCGGGUCAUGUCAGAUCAUGACCUGUGUACAGCGUUCCAACGUAAAAUCUGCGCUGCACACGUAACUCCUUCGAUUGAGUACGUGUGCGGAUCAAGUUGCUAAACGUAUACCCAUCACGGUCGCACUCUCCCUGAUCGAGUGGCAUACUCGGACUUUGAGCUUGACUUCGAGAAAGCGUCAACAUGUGGAAACGACUGAUUCUUGUGGUGCUUGUUGCGGCUGUUGUACGCCAUGUGUUUACUUUCCUAAAGGUUCUCGGUUUAGAGAAGACCGUUUACAAUCACAAACCUGGUAAUUGUCAGUUUGUUCGUGGAAUAGAACAUGGCUCGGAGGAUCUAGAACUACUCUCAGAUGGCAUCGUGAUCAUAUCAGAGGGCUACCUGACUUUCAAGGACCGUGUAGAAGGAGCACCUCGAGGACAUCUGUUUGCUUACGACAUCAAUCAUCACAACAACGGAGCCACCGAGCUAAAAAUCACUGGCGACUACGAUGUCGAGAAGCUUCAUCCGCACGGCAUCACCGCCUUCGAAGAUAAAAAGACAAAAAAGACGUUUCUCUUGGUAAUAAAUCAUCAUGUUAGAUUCGAUGUCGUGGAUGUGUUUGAAUUCCAUCGAAGCUCGAUGUCCUUAUCAUUCAUCAAAUCGAUGAGAGAUCCUUUGAUGACGAGCGUGAACAAUUUGAUAGCGACAGGCCCAGAAGAGUUUUACAUUACGAACGAGGCUUACUUUCUACAUCCACGUAUGAGGGAUCUUGAAAAUUUCCUAGUGAUGCGAAUGGGUUCUGUUCUUUAUUGUGACGUCACUGGCUGCAAGAAAGCAACGGAAUCGCUGAACAAUCCCAAUGGUAUCGAUCUUUCCAGGGACGGCAGGUACCUGUAUGUUUCACAACCGUUUACCAGACAAGUGCGCAUCUACAAAAGGGACCCUUCUGACAACACACUAACAGCAAACGAGGGGGUUCACGUUAUUGACCUCGGGACCGUUGCUGACAAUGUGUAUGUCGAUGAAUCUGGCGAUGUAUGGCUUGGAUGCUUACCGGUUGCUCACAAAGCUUUAACUUACAUUGAUACAAAGAAAGGAUUGGUCCCAUCACAGGUCUUACGAGUGAGAGUUGGACCCAAAGACUAUGAGCUGUCCGAGGUGUAUAGUGAAGAUGGCCGGAAUAUCACCGUGUCAACCAGUGCCGUCCAUCAUAAAGGAAUCCUGCUCAUCGGGUCAUUACAUGAACGAAUGAUGCGUUGCCAAGUUAAUGCCAUAUAGCGAUUCGCAUUUUACGUUUCGAGUCAAGGAAUAUUUCUUUCAUAUUCUUAAAGCUGUUUUUGAGAUCUGUAGCUAUUCAAUAAUGAUCAAAUAUGCAUUUUUCUAUUUUAAACAGACAUUUUAUCUUCUACAUUAUCAUGAUUAUUAGAUAUUCAUUUUGUCGAGUGUGGCAAAUGAAGAAUAAUGUCUUGCCAAAGGACAUUAGUGCCGUAUCGGGGAUCGAACCACGACCUUUGAAUUGGCAAGUAAAGUGCUUAAUGUGGUACUAAUUGGCUAUAAAGCGCGGGAGCUAGUAUAAGAUUCUUUUUUUCUCUCUCGCAUUUAUCAUCAUCAAAUCUUUAAAAUCUUAAGAAAAAAACUGUAAACUUCAAUUGUAUGCAGUUAAUGCUGCUAUCAGUACGUUAUACGACACACGCUUUUUAUGAAACUUAAAGGAUAUUGAAGAUCAAUUAUACAUACAUGUACGUGGCCGUAUUCGUCUUUUCUAUGUUUUCAGUAGGCUUUCUUGUCUUUCGUAUAUCACUUUUUAUCUUGUGGAGCAUUUUGUGAUUUACAACAUACCAUCAUCUAUUAUUAUUGUUAUUCAUAUCGAUGAUGGUUGAGGAAUAUGUAUACAACGAACUUAUAAGGAAAUUACUGAUAAUAUUUUCAUUGGUGGUUUAUACUAUAAAACUAUUAAAAAAACAGGUCACAUGUAUUUGUUUUUGAUUUAGAAGUUUGUUCAUUGUUCAGUUUGAUACUGGGUUUUAAGCUGUAUUGGAUCGUUUAUUUUAAUAAAACGAUUUAUGAGAGAAUUAUUCGUGACUUUACACGAUA